UCAGAUCAUCAGUUGUCACACUCCUCUCUGCCUCCUUCUGACUUCUCUCUACAUGCUUUACCAAUCACAAUGGGCAACCUCUGCGCCAUCCUCGCACCCAAACCCGCCAAGCGAAAGCCUAUAAAGCGCCUGCCCAACCCGCCGCCGCAACCCAAUUCCAGCAGCCGCUGGACCCGGGUGCGAUCCUCCCGGAAAGAGAAGCUCGAGGACGCUCUAAUCCAGGAACAAGCUCUCGCCGCCGCGAUUCUGUUCCAGCAGCACCAGCAAAACGGCUCUCUGCCCUUUGAUCGCUCCGCCUCCCUCCGCUACCCCAACUCCAGCUCCAAAAAGGGCAGCAACGCCCUGCCCCGCAGCUCCAGCUCCCGUGCCAGGUCCCUCACCGACCCCCUCCUCCAGCCCCACCAGCUUGUUAAUCAGGAUGUUAAACUUGAUGGUCUAGAAACCGACCAUUUUGUCCUUGUACAUGGAGGUGGCUUUGGUGCUUGGUGUUGGUAUAAAACCAUAGCACUUCUUGAGGAGGGUGGUUUUAAAGUUACCGCUGUAGACUUGACCGGCUCUGGAAUUCAUUCAUCUGAUACAAACAGCGUUACAAGUCUUUCACAAUAUGUGAAGCCUCUUUCUGAUUUUCUUGAAAACCUUCCCGAGGGAAAUAAGGUAAUAUUGGUGGGUCAUGAUUUUGGUGGUGCAUGUAUAUCAUAUGCAAUGGAGUUAUUUCCACAUAAAGUCGCAAAGGCCAUUUUUAUUGCUGCGGCAAUGUUGAAGAAUGGACAAAGUACUCUUGAAAUGUUCUCCCAACAGGCAAGUUCAGAUGAUCUUAUGCGACAAGCUCAGGUAUUUUUGUAUGCAAACGGGAACGAUCGGCCUCCAACUGCUAUUGAUCUUGAUAAAUCAAUGUUGAAGGAUUUAUUAUUCAACCAAAGUCCUAGCAAGGAUGUAGCGUUGGCAUCCGUCUCUAUGAGGCCAAUUCCAUUUGCCCCGGUUCUGGAGAAGCUCUCAUUAACCGACUUGAAAUAUGGAUUGGUGAGGCGGUUUUAUAUAGAGACAUCAGAAGACAAUGCCAUACCCAUCACGGUCCAGGAGAGCAUGAUAAAAGAAAGCCCUCCGGAACAGGUCCUCCGCUUGAAAGGCGCCGAUCACUCGCCUUUUUUCUCAAAGCCUCAAGCCCUGCACAAGUUAUUGGUGGAGAUUUCAAAGAUUUCAUCUACUUAGAAACACCGCCUUUUCCCGGCUAGAUGUCCUCUAGAAAACCCUUCCGAUCUCCGCUGGCAUAUGAUUAAAAUGCCACCGGAAUCAUCCGUAAUUUAUGCAGUUGCGUUAGCUAGGAUCUCGAGUAAGCAUAUAAAUGCACAUAGCUAUAGGAUAAAGUCGUGUGUUUGUGUUCGUUUUAUGAUACGUGUUGGCAAGAAGACGUAUUGUUGAGGUAAUUUUCCGAUCGAAUGCAAUUUGGUCAGAGUGUUCAGAGAA